AUGGAAGCUGAUGCGGUUGGUAAUCAUGGAUCUUCCAAUCCAACUACGACUGUUACGAUCUCAAAUGAAACGAGACCGGCAACACAAGAAAGAAAUGAACUUGUGUUACGUUUGCGAUCUGUGCCAGAGGAGUCACCGCGGGUCACAUUCGCCAGCACUGUUGUUGAUAAUGAACACCUUGGGCGUUUGAAAUCUAAUUGUUGCUGCAUUUACGUGAAGCCGCGGAUUUGGGAUGAUCCAUCAACGUGGGAACAAGAUGAACAAGAGACAGAACACUGUCGUGGACACACACUGCCUGAACCAAAUGAAAAGAAUAAGAACGAUGGGUCUCAAUGA